AGUGAAUGCGCAAGACCAGAGUGCUCGGAGCCACAAGGCUUUGGUGCCGUAAAAUCAGGAAAUGCUCCAGCUCCAUCUGCAGCCGCUGCAUCACCAGCAGUAUUGCGAUUACUCAGGAAACGUUCAAUCGGUGCUGACAACACAUUGGAUGUUCGCACUGAUAUUAGCACACUAGAAAUUAGCGAUGAGAAUCAAGUAGACCUACGCCAUCGUGAACAUCUUCGCUAUAGUCAGUCAGUGAUUAUGCCAUCUGUACACACAGUUCUUCAUUCCUGCAUUCAUCACAUUAUGCUGCAAGAUUUCAUCUUCUUCACAUUCCUUUUAAUUAUACACCAUUCCGCUUCAAUUCCAGUGGAUAACGGCGUUGAAGGCGAUCCAGAGAUAGAAUGUGGACCAGCAUCGAUAACAGUUAAUUUCAACACGAGAAACCCAUUUGAGGGUCACGUCUAUGUGAAAGGACUUUAUGAUCAAGAAGGAUGUCGAUCAGAUGAGGGCGGUCGACAAGUAGCUGGUAUUGAGUUACCUUUCGACACUUGUAAUGUGGCUCGUACUCGAUCUUUGAAUCCACGCGGUAUUUUUGUAACGACCACUGUAGUCAUCUCGUUCCAUCCUUUAUUCGUCACUAAAGUUGAUCGUGCUUAUCGCGUUCAGUGCUUCUACAUGGAGGCUGAUAAAACAGUUAGCACACAAAUUGAAGUCUCUGAGAUAACAACUGCAUUCGUCACUCAAGUCAUUCCUAUGCCUAUCUGCAGAUAUGAGAUCCUUGAUGGUGGACCAUCAGGUCAACCAAUUCAAUUCGCAACAAUCGGUCAACAAGUAUAUCACAAAUGGACAUGUGAUUCAGAAACAAUCGACACAUUCUGUGCCGUAGUGCAUUCAUGCUUUGUGGAUGAUGGCAGUGGUGAUAAAGUUGAGAUUCUCAACGAAGAUGGAUGUGCCCUCGAUAAAUACCUUCUCAAUAAUCUCGAAUAUCCUACUGAUUUGAUGGCUGGUCAAGAGGCACACGUUUACAAAUAUGCUGAUCGCUCUCAACUCUACUAUCAAUGCCAGAUUACUAUCACCAUCAAGGAACCCAACAGUGAAUGCGCAAGACCAGAGUGCUCGGAGCCACAAGGCUUUGGU